AUGAGCUGCACAUAUCUGUCCAAGGGCGUUAAGGCUACUUUUGUACCGUAUCGGAAUAAGGAGACCACUGGGAAGGUCCCAUCAAAUCUGGGGGUGCCCGACCUCUUCAUCACAGUACUAUUGCUACCAGGAGAAAACCGACAUCGGAGGAAGCAACUCCGCGAUCCCCAGCUCGGGCUUCUCUUGUGGGUCAUGCUGGUACUGCACUGGAGGUUCGGUUUGAUGUUGUUGUUGAGCGAUUGUCAUACCCGAGGACAUGUCAAGACCGUCCAAAACGGUGGCGUAUUCCCUGCGAAUCAAGGUCAGUGUGAAUUCUUGUGUGUCAUUGAGUUUGUUCAGAUCGGUUUCGCCAAUGGUCGUCGCUUUCACGUCAUCGAAGUCCCCUUGAACGGAGGUCAAUUCAGUUGA